UUUAGGUUGGAUAACCUAUUUUAAUUAGUUUGUGCGAUGAGUUUUUCACAUUAUUUGAAAAGAAAUUGUCUUAUCGCGUAAAAUGGCGGUAUCCUUUUUGGGUAAAAGAAUCGCUUUAACGCAACGGAAUUUCUUGAAAAUUCCAAAACGAAACGGAUAUAUAGUCUUACUUCCAGAAAUAGGUGAAGAAUCAUCAGAGAAAAAUCCUUUACUGAAGGAUGAUAAUUUACCAGAGUUUAACACAAUUACAAAUUAAAAAUGUAUAGCAGCUAUUGGAAAACAAACUGUAGAAUUUGAAGAAAAGUUGAAAAGUUUGGAAAAAAUAGCCCCAACUAAAGAUUUAGAUGUAUUUAAUGAGUAUUUGCAUCCAAUCGAAGAUGCAUAUCUCCCUCUUGAGACGACUUGGGGUAUAGCAAAGACUUUGUAUUUUGGCAAUCAAAGUUUAAUGCCGACAAAAUGUUAUAUGGGUAUUCACGAACGUGCUACGAGAGCCAUAGCUUGCAAAUUUGGCAGUGCGCCACUCUUUAGAGCAUGCAAGGAAGCAUUAGAGAAUAAGGACAUCAAAUUAACACAUUCACAGAGGAGAGUGCUUACCAAGUAUGUGCUGGAAGGAACUUUAAAUGGCCUGAAUCUGCAAGAUAAAGAAUUCGAGAAGUAUUCAGCCGACUUGAGUUACAUUUUGUCGAAAAUCAAGGAAUACAAAGCGAAAUAUGAGAGUUCUACAGCUGUAUAUAGUAUGGUAAUACAUAAAAAACAUGUCGUGGAAGAUUUUCCGGAAGACUAUCUCAAAUCCAUAGCGAUUGACCCUAGACAACCUUACCUGGGUCCUUGGAAAAUCACUUUAAAGCCAUAUAUCCUGCAACCGUUUAUGGAAUAUUGUCCUGAUCGUAAAUUGAGGGAGGCGAUUUGGGAUGCUGAUGUCACCCGGUGCUCUAAUUAUCAGGAAAGAUCCGUUCAAGCCAGUGUGACAUUGGAGGAACUCCGAUCAAGAAGAAUUGAACAGGCGAAACGCUUGGGAUUUAAGAAUUACGCAGAGAUGAGCAUGAAGACAAAGAUGGCCGGCAAUCUGGAGAAUUUGUACAACACAUUAGAAGUUCUUCGGAGUACUGCAUUACCGAUUCAGGAAAAGGAAAUUGCAAAUUUAACCGAAUUUGCAAAAGCGAGAGAUUUCAAUGAUAUUAUAAGAGUAUGGGAUGUUGCAUAUUGGGGUAGAAAACAACGUCAUAGCAUGUAUAUCAGUGACGAAAACAAGUGGAGAGAGUAUUUUCCGCUGCCGACUGUGUUGUCGGGUCUCUUCAAACACAUCGAGACGCUCUUUAAUGUGAAAAUCGUCGAAAGCAAGAAAGCGGACAUUUGGCAUAAGGAUGUCCGGUUCUUCGACAUAUUCGAUUUGAACGGAUCCAAUGCGGCACCCAUCGCGAAUUUCUAUCUAGAUCCUUACGCCAGAGGAACGGAGAAGUUCCGUAAUGAACAGGUCUCGGGAUGGGUUUCCACGAUCAAAAGCAAGAGCAAAGUCGGCAAUAGCACUCCCUUGAUCGCUAUGAUCUUCAAUUUUCCGCCACCGAUAGGCGAUAAACCUUCUCUUCUUUCCUUCAAGGACGUACAGGUUCUUUUCCAAAAGUUUGGACACGGUUUGCAACAUUUGCUAACUACGAUCGAGUACUCUGAUAUUGCUGGUUUGUCAUUUGUGGAAUGGGACGCGGUAUUUAUUUGUGAUUUCUUCAUGGAGAACUGGUUGUACGAACCAUUUAUGUUGCAAAAAAUCUCUGAACAUUACGAAACGAAAGAACCAUUACCUGCGGAGGCUAUCGACAGCAUUAAAAAGAUGAGGUCGCAUUUGGCUGGCUAUAAGCUUUGUAAAGAACUUUACUUGUCACAUUUGGAUUUGGAGCUGCAUUCCAGUGAAACAUUUUGGGUGGCUAUGAUGAAACGCCUAUGGCCGAAAUAUUUCGUGUUGCCACUCGAAAAAAGGGACGUUCAUGUUUGCAAUUUCGAUGUUAUAUGGAGUGGUAAUUGGGGAGCUGCGUAUUUCAGCAAAGUUUGGUCCGAGAUGAUAGCUGCCGAUUUAUAUACGGCUUUUCAAGAGAUCAAGUUUGAUGAAUCACAGCAGAAGGAGUUAGGCGUGAGGUUCCGUAACACGUUUUUAUCUUUGGGUGGUAGUUAUCCUGCCGCCGAGAUAUUCAGGCAAUUUAGGGGAAGAGAUCCGAGCCCACAAGCAUUAUUAGAGAAUCUUGGAUUAACGAAUUCGAUGAAGGAAAUCAAAUGAUGCGAAUAUGCUUGGAUAUAAAUACUACUCUUCAAGAGUACUCAAACAUAAUUAUUAAUUCUGUAUAGUAACGGAUACUGUUACUUGGAUCCAUACAUAAUAUAGAUCCAGGAAUUAAUUAAAUUGUGAAGUGAUCAUAUAAUGCAAUAAAUUAUCAUUUGUAAAGUACUGUACUAAAAAAUUAUGAAUUUUUAAAUUAACACUUUCGCUAUCACGCGUUACAUACGUAUGAUACGCCAGUUUGUUUCGAGAAUCCGGCAUUAUAUAUAUGUGACAUCGUUAAGAUUUUAUGUUUAU